CAAUUUAACUGAUUGCAUCAAAUUCAAGAGUUUUAUUUACAGACUCGGGUUUGAUAUACUGUAGAGUUCCGGAAUAUCAAGUCUAGUGACCUGUGUAUUGCCACAUGAGCCCCACAGGGUGUUUUAAAAAUUUUAUUUGCCCUACAGACUGAUACUGUUCUCUAUUUUUCAUUCUGUUUAUAAGCGUUUCUGUUUCAGCCAGGAUGAGCUCACAGUCCGAAGAGGAACCGGAUGGCCUGCCAUUCGACAUUGAUGAGGUUAUGAAAGCCAAACGUGACAACCCAGGUAUGUUUGUCAGCGCGUGGCAGGAGGAUGAAAAUGAUUUGGAGACGUGGAGCAAGGCCCAACUAAAGGCCGAUCCUAUCAAGCGGUUCAUUGUGGCUGCUGAGAAUGGAACUUUGGAAACGGUUAGCGAAAUAAUCACGCGGGCACUAAAACCGAUACCAAAUGCUCCACACCCAACCUUGAUGGAACUGUUGGCCGCAAAGGACAAAGACGGCUACACAGCUUUACACCGAGCGGCUUACGGAGGACACGUUCAUGUGGUAGAGCACUUACUCAAAUUGGGUGGUGAUGUCAACAGUCGAACAGAAGACGGCUGGACUCCACUACACAGUGCCGCAUUUUGGAACCAAGUAGCGUGUGUACAGCUACUCCUCUGGGCUGGCGCCGAUUUAAACGCAAGAUGCAGAUUGUACAUCCGAUUCGGUGGAUAGAGCGUGCGACGAGCAAGUGGAAUGAUGAAUUGGAGACGACCUAAAAUAGUUCCAGAGUUGAGCACUAUAUGGGGCCGUGUACCGUCUGUCGGUAAAUAUACAAAUUUAUUUAUUUAUGUACGGCCCAAAUCCAAACCACAGCGGUUUGUGCUGCUUGACUGACACUACAGUCAGACGUCUCAAA